UUUCCUUACAAUCCACAAUUUUUGGUCUCUCUUUUGUCUCCCUCAUUUUAGUUUCCUUUUUCUUUUUCUGCAAUUACUCCCAGGAACCAAACAAUCUAUACGCACUGCCUUGCCCAGAAGUUAUUAGUGGAUUUGCCCAUCUUUGUCAGCUAAACUUCACCAAACCUUUAUUUUUUCUCGCCUUUUCACUCCCAGCAAACUGCAAAAUAUACUUCUUCAUUUUCCUGCUUUCCUGUAAAUUACUUCUUAAAUGAUAAAAGCCUUAAGACCCCAGGUGGGAUUUGCUACUAAUAAUGUUAAAGAAACUGUUUUAUCAAAGCUCAGAGCUGAACAGUCGAGCAACGAAUACAUAACCUCCCUCUGCAAGCAAAAGCUUUUCAAUGAAGCUAUCAAGGCAUUUGAGUUCUUGCAAAAGAAAACGGGUUUUUGUUUAACUCUUAGUACUUAUGCCUAUUUGAUCUCUGCCUGCUCUUAUCUGAGAUCUCUGGAACAUGGUAAAAAAAUUCAUGACCAUAUGCUGAAAUCCAAGUCUCAUCCAGACUUAACUCUUCAGAAUCAUAUCCUUAACAUGUAUGGGAAAUGCAAGUCGUUGAAGGAUGCUCAGAAGGUGUUUGAUGCCAUGCCUGAGAGGAAUGUAGUGUCGUGGACCUCGGUCAUUGCUGGGUACUCUCAAAAUGGUCAGGGGGGUAAUGCACUGGAGUUUUACUUUCAAAUGCUGCAGUCAGGCGUUAUGCCGGACCAGUUCACGUUUGGAAGCAUAAUAAAAGCUUGUUCGAGCUUGGGUGAUAUUGGGUUAGGGAGGCAGCUGCAUGCCCAUGUCCUAAAAUCAGAAUUUGGUGCCCACAUCAUUGCACAGAAUGCUCUUAUUUCAAUGUACACAAAGUCUAACCUGAUUAUUGAUGCGUUGGAUGUGUUUUCUCGGAUGGCAACAAGGGACCUGAUCUCAUGGGGUUCAAUGAUUGCAGGGUUUUCGCAACUCGGUUAUGAGUUAGAAGCAUUAUGCUAUUUUAAAGAAAUGCUCCAUCAGGGUGUUUACCUGCCCAAUGAGUUUAUAUUUGGCAGUGUUUUUAGUGCUUGUAGUAGUCUCUUACAACCUGAAUACGGAAGGCAGCUGCAUGGAAUGAGUAUAAAAUUUGGGCUUGGGAGGGAUGUUUUUGCUGGAUGCUCACUUUGUGACAUGUAUGCAAAAUGUGGUUUGUUAAGUUGUGCAAGAGUAGUAUUUUAUCAGAUAGGAAGGCCAGAUUUAGUUGCCUGGAAUGCUAUCAUUGCAGGGUUUGCUUAUGGUGGUGAUGCUAAGGAAGCCAUAGCGUUUUUUUCUCAGAUGAGGCAUCAGGGAUUGAUCCCAGAUGAGAUCACUGUUCGUUCCUUACUUUGUGCUUGCACAAGCCCUUCAGAACUUUAUCAAGGUAUGCAGGUUCAUGGAUAUAUUAAUAAAAUGGGUCUUGAUUUAGAUGUUCCAGUGUGUAACACUUUACUGACCAUGUAUGCAAAGUGUUCAGAGCUCCGUGAUGCAAUUUUUUUCUUUGAAGAGAUGAGAUGUAAUGCGGAUUUAGUUUCUUGGAAUGCAAUUCUUACAGCAUGCAUGCGUCAUGACCAGGCUGAAGAGGUUUUCAGAUUAUUAAAACUAAUGUGUAUUUCUCAACAUAGGCCUGAUUAUAUCACUUUAACUAAUGUAUUGGGGGCUUCAGCAGAAACUGUUUCUAUAGAAAUAGGGAAUCAAGUACAUUGCUAUGCUUUGAAAACUGGGCUUAAUUGUGAUACUUCUGUCACAAAUGGGCUCAUUGACCUGUAUGCAAAAUGUGGAUCCCUUAAAACUGCUCAUAAGAUCUUUGAUUCAAUGAUAAAUCCUGAUGUUGUGUCAUGGAGUAGUUUAAUUUUGGGGUAUGCUCAGUUUGGAUAUGGAGAGGAAGCUCUCAAACUCUUUAAAACAAUGAGAAGGCUGGAUGUUAAGCCAAACCAUGUGACAUUUGUUGGGGUUCUUACCGCAUGCAGUCAUGUUGGACUGGUGGAAGAAGGGUGGAAAUUGUACGGAACCAUGGAAAAGGAGUUUGGUAUUGCACCAACCAGAGAGCAUUGUUCUUGUAUGGUCGACUUGCUUGCUCGUGCUGGAUGCUUAAAUGAAGCAGAGGGUUUUAUUCAUCAAAUGGCAUUUGAUCCAGACAUUGUGGUGUGGAAGACACUACUUGCUGCCUGUAAGACUCAUGGGAAUGUUGAUGUUGGAAAGCGGGCUGCAGAGAAUAUUCUGAAAAUUGAUCCUUCCAAUUCUGCUGCACAUGUGUUACUCUGCAACAUAUAUGCUUCUAAAGGAAAUUGGGAAGAUGUUGCCAGAUUGAGGAGCUUGAUGAAACAAAGAGGUGUCAGGAAAGUUCCAGGUCAGAGCUGGAUUGAGGUUAAGGAUAGGAUCCAUGUUUUCUUUGUGGAAGACAGUUUGCAUCCAGAAAGAAAUAAAAUAUACACAAUGCUAGAGGAGUUGUUGUUGCAGAUGCUGGAUGCUGGUUAUGUUCCAUUUCAGAAAUAGGCUUGGGGUGAACCAUUGCAUUGAAGAAAAGAAAAUUGAACAUAUAUCCAUAUGUUUCAGAACAUGGAAGGAGACUCCUGGUUUUCUUGGAGUGUUCCAGUUUAAACCUGGAAUUGAUUCAGUCAAUCAUGGACGGUAUUUAGGGGUAAAUCAGUUCAUCAGGCACUAGCAAGAAGGUCAGCAUAAGGUUGCAGGACAAAUAUGGAGUAAAGGAGAUGAAUGGAAAACAAAGGCAUUGUUUUGACCCAGGGAGAAAGGAGGGAAGAAAAGGCAACAAUUUUGUCUUAGUCAAGAGAGUUUGUAUAUUUGAAGAAAUUGAUAGAGAAGAAGAGGCAUGCUGUUGUAGUUUGAGCAAUAUCAAAUUUCAGUGGCAUUACCUAAAAGAUGUGAGAUUUAAGGCUCUGAAGGGUCUGAAGAUGAGAGGAUUCUUGAGUGGAAUACCACCUAGAGGCAUUCCUGACUCUUGUGAAAGGUCAAGAGUCAAAACCGAUAAUUCAUGGAAGUGAUGGUGAGAGCAGGAUGAACCGUAAAUGGAAGUAGGGAUUAUGAUCUCAUUGAACAAGUAGGUUGGGUGGAAGGCUCAGUGAUGCAUGUAAUAUUUGCUUGUUAUCCCAUUUCCCUAGAAGUAACUAUCUUCCCAGGAUUCCUACAGUUCUUUGGUUAUAUUUUCUAACUAGAGGAAGUUCAUGCAGUUGCUACUUGCUAGUAAACAAGCCUCGGAAGCUACUGGUGAACCAUGUGGCUAGAUGCAUGACAUCAAAAGAAACACUUGCACAUUUGUGAUGUUGGAGCUUUGGUUGUUACCUUUUGAUCGUCUUCCAAUAAUUAAGGCAUUAGCACAGAACAUGGAUUAAAUUAUGCAAAGCAUAUAUAAACUAUUGACCUCUGGAAGUUAUCCACAUUGAUCCUAUUUUGGGCUAGAGUUCCAGCGCAUUGCAGACAUGGAGGUUAUCAAAUUUGACAAGUAACAAUGCAUCUGCUGCCUAGUGAAGGUGGUGCCAAAAUAGAGCCCUCAAAAUCAGGACUCACUACUUGUGUAGGUGAAAGCAGAGGUGGGGUUGAUUCAUUAUUCAUCUCAUUAGAAAGUUGAUGAACAGUGUAGUAGAGGUAACCAGUAAAGGAAUUCAUGAAGAGGUGGGGUUGUCUGUUUUUGGGAAAGAGGGGAGAAGACACAGGCGCCAAAUGAUUUUUGUAAUUGCGUCUUUUUAUGAAGCAGUGAUAAAUUUUUGAAUUGGAAGGUUGAUGAUACUUUAU